ACCGUACGUUUUUAACCGCGUAUUUAACAGUAGUGCCAACAUACGAUGGAUUUCUAUGAUCAUGGAUACGAAGAGAACAAACUUGGGAUGACCGUAACGAGUGGUUGUGUGAAACUUAAAAAGGACCCACAGAAUCUAGUGGGUAUAAGUAUUGGAGGGGGAGCCCCAUACUGUCCGUGCCUUUACGUUGUUCAAAUAUUCGACUCCACGCCAGCUUCAGAAGAUGGUAGUCUUCAAGCUGGGGACGAAAUAACUGGUGUCAAUGGUAUAUCUGUAAAAGGCAAGACGAAAGUGGAAGCUGCACGACUCAUUCAAAGUUUCAAGGAUGAAGUAAGAAUUAACUAUAACAAACUUCAUGCAGACCCAAAACAAGGAAAAACGCUAGACUUAAUAUUAAAAAAGGUGAAACAUCGUAUUGUUGAAACGAUGGAAUCUAGUACAGCCGAUGCUUUAGGUCUAAGCCGAGCUAUUCUUGUAAAUGACGGUAUGGUUAAAAAGUUGGAAGAACUCAAUAAAACAUCAAAUGUGUUUUCGGGUAUGGUAAAUCAUGCAAAAAAGUUGUUACGUGCAAUCUAUGAACUUUCUCGUAUCUAUGCUGUAUUGGGAGACACAUUUUCAGAAAUUGGCGUUAAAGAGCCCAUGACAUGCACAAGCGAAGCAUUUACUCAAUUUGGUACGAUUCAUCGAAGUAUGGAGCGUUUUUCCAUUGAAAUGUUGAAAAAGAUUAAGCCAAUGAUCAUGGACUUAAACACAUUUCUACAUAAAGCGGUUCCUGAUACAAAGUUAACAAUCAAAAAAUAUUUAGAUGUCAAAUUUGAAUAUUUGUCUUAUUGUCUUAAAGUAAAGGAAAUGGACGAUGAAGAGUAUGGUUUUGCUAUGGUUCAAGAACCACUAUAUCGUGUAGAAACUGGAAAUUAUGAAUAUAGACUUGUUUUAAGAUGUCGACAGGAUGCACGUACACGGUUUGCUAAGAUGCGCAAUGAUGUUUUAGUAAAACUAGAAUUAUUGGAUAAUAAACAUGUACAAGAUAUCGUGUUUGAGUUACAACGUUUCAUCGAUGCUAUGGCCACCUACCAUGAUCAAUGUUAUGGUGUCAUGAAGCAAAUAAAAAUUUUUCCACUUGAAGUGGAUCUGGCAAGAGAUGCAUUUGCGUACAACCUAGGGAUUUUUAAUACAGGCGAAGAUGAAGGCGGUGAAGAUAUUGAUGAGGAUGUAAUCAACACUGAGUCAGUUGGAGAAAAAUCUGUCAGUAGCAAGUAUAACCAGUUAACUGACGAUGUCAAAUUAAUAGACCUGGCAGGAAUAAAUUCCAAAAGCCGAUAUUCUGAAAAUGAGGGUGAUGAUGAGGUGUUAGAUAUGAACAACUGGAACUCUUUAUCUACUUGGGGUCCUCAUACAGGUGACAGUAAAUCGAAUAAACAGGAGGCUGUUACAGACUUGCUUUGUUUUGACUAGUUAUCGUUCUGCUUUACAUCAUUAGUGUACAUAUACUAUGAAUACCUUUUUUAAUAAGUAUCUUUUGUAGUGAUUGUACUGCAUUCACUAAAAAUGUGAUAUUUCUGCUUUGCUAAAUUCCAUGACUUAAUUUCGUUUAUUAUUCGGUUUUGUGUUUUUGUUUACUCUUUGUGGAACAAUACAUAUUAAUAAUUAUCAUACACUUCUCUUGCUACAGUUUGUUUCAUGUCUGAGGGGAGUGGUUGUGAUCAUGCGAAUAUUUUUAAUCUAAUAUAUUGUUGAACAGUCUGUUCAUUCUAAUAAAAAGUUUCGCUACUUAUUGUCAUUUGUGGUUUUCUACAGAUAUUUUACUUGUGUACCAUUUGUAUAGCAGUCGCCUAUUUCUUCCAUCGAUCUGGAAAUUAAUAAAACCCGUGAGGAAAGGACAGACAGUAUUGUUACAAGUUGAUUACACCUAUUGUGACUGCUUUGAAUAUUUUUAAUAGCAAAAACCUUGAACAAUCUGCUACAUAGUAUUUAGUUGGAUAAAUACAAAACACAUUGGCUGAGAUUGACGCACAUCUCGACAGCAUACAAUUGAAAAGUGAAUAUAGACGUAAUAGCAUGGAAAUAAGGAACGUGUGAAAAAAUCGUUUCGGACAAAUAAAACGUUCACUAUUUAUAGAAGGGUGAAAAGGUCUUCGGUCGUUUGCUUCCAUCACUUUGAGAAUUCUACUCAGGAAACCUGUACUGUUUCACAUAAACACAGACCAAACGUUAGUAUUUUAAUGGAUUAUUCAUAUGCCUAGUUCAGUAACAUUGGGUGAAUAUACUCGUUUCCCAACGACUGUUUGUAUAUUGGCGAAAGUCCCUCAUAUCCAAUAUAUCAGUAUACAGAACGCAUAAGCCAGCCAGAACAAUCAACUGCCUCACUCCUUAUUUUAAAAUGACGUGUUGAUGUUUAUUUUUGAAAUAAAGCUUACAGGUGAGAGAUUCAUGUUUAGUA